AUCGGCUGAAGAGAGAGGGCUCACGCUCUGUGAGGAGGCAAGGGAGGUGAGAACCUUGCUCUCAAAGCGUGACUCAGGUCAACACAGGGAGCCCCUCUGUUUCACAGACACAGUGGGUGGCAGGAUCUGACAAGAGUUCAGGAGCUCCAGGGACUGUGAGGUGAGGCCUUGUUCUAAGACAGUGUUAUCAGAUCACAGAACAGAGAGGGCCCAGACAGUGCCAGGCGUCAAGAUUCUCAGGAACAGGGAGACCAAGAGGUCAAGAGCUGUGGAACGCCACAGAGCAGCACCGAAGGAGACCUGCCUGUGGAUCCCCAUCACUCAACUCCUGUCCACACUGCCACCUGCUACACUGAUCAGAGUUAUCAUGCCUCCACCUCCAAAACGUCGGCGUCUCAUGCCCGAAGAAGACCUUCAAUCCCAAAGUGAGACACAGGGCCUUGAGGGUGCACAGGCUCCCCGGGCUGUGGAGGAGGAUGCUUCCUCAUCCACUUCUACCUGCUCCUCCUCUUUUCCAUCCUCUUUUCCCUCCUCCGCCUCUCCCUCCUCCUCCUCCUCCUGCUAUCCUCUAAUAUCAAGCACCCCAGAGGAAAUUUCUGCUGAUGAUGAGACAUCAGAUCCUUCCCAGAGUGCUCAGAUAGCCUGCUCCUCCCCCUCGGUCAUUGCCUCCCUUCCAUUAAGCCAAUCUGAUGAGGGCUCUAGCAACCAAAAGAAGGAGAAUCCAAGCACCCUACAGGCCCUGCCAGACACUGAGUCUUUACCCAGAAGCGAGAUAGAUGAAAAGGUGACGAAUUUGGUGCAGUUCCUGCUCUUCAAGUAUCAAAUGAAAGAGCCAAUCACAAAGGCAGAAAUACUGGAAAAUGUCCUAAAAAAUUAUGAAGACCAUUUGCCUGUGAUGUUCAGUGAGGCCUCUGAGUGCAUGCAGCUGGUCUUUGGUCUUGAUGUAAAGGAAGUAGACCCCACUGGCCAAUCCUUUGUCCUUGUCAUCUCCCUGGGCCUUACUUAUGAUGGGAUGCUGAGUGAUGUCCAGAGUAUGCCCAAGACUGGCAUUCUCAUAUUUAUCCUAAGCAUAAUCUUCACAGAGGGCUACCGUGCCUCUGAGAAUGUCAUUUGGGAAGCACUGAAUAUGAUGGGGCUGUAUGAUGGGAUGGAACACUUCAUUUAUGGGGAGCCCAGGAAGCUGCUUACCCAAGAUUGGGUGCAAGAAAACUACCUGGAGUACCGGCAGGUGCCCGGCAGUGAUCCUGCACAGUACGAAUUCCUGUGGGGUCCCAGGGCCCACACUGAAAUUAGGAAGAUGAGCCUCCUGAAAUUUUUGGCCAAGGUAAAUGGGAGUGAUCCCAGAUCCUUCCCACUGUGGUAUGAGGAGGCUUUGAAAGAUGAAGAAGAGAGAGCUAAGGCCAUUAUUGCCACCACAGAUGAUACUACUGCCACGGCCAGUGCAAGUUCUAGUGCUACAACCAGCUUCUCCUAUCCUGAAUAAAGUCAGAUAGACUUUUCACUGUGUUUUAAAAGGGAAGCCAAAUACCACAUUAUGUCACUCAUAUGUGGAGUCU